AUGAAAGGCAUUAAGGGAUAUUUAAGAUUGUUAGAUAUUUUUGGCCACGAGGUAAAACUGCUUUAUAAGGGCAAUAGUACCAAAUAGACAUUGCUAGGUUCAUUCAUGACUGUCAUUUCAACACUUAUCUAGCUUGAUCUUGAUAAUCUGUUGUUCCCUAUCAGCAAAGAGAGUUUUGAUACUGCAUUAGUUUUGAUUCCUCCUUUUGCAUUCAGUUAAGCAUAGGAUAAAUAUGAGAAUAUUUACAGAUAUGUUAACAUCACAACAACUCUUACUAUAACCACUGAUAAAUUGGAUAAAGAUGGGGACAGAAUUUCUGAAGAUCAGAAUCUAGAAUUGUUCCAAUGCUCAAAAGAUAGAAUGUUUUCAAGUGAUCGGUUUACCUCUAUGAUAGAAAAAUACGAAUUCGCAGAGUCACUAUGCUAUAAAUAAUUCGAGUAGUUAGAAUUAAGAACAGACAACAAUAGAAUCUCAUACCAAAUAAGUUCUUGUGACCAAGAUUAUCUUUCCAAAAAGUAUCCUAAUUCAACUUGCGAAAAAAACUAAACCAAAGCUAAGGAAAUCCUUAUGAAUACCUACUUGAUAAUAUUUUCAUCCUCCUAUUAUUUCGAUCCAGAAGAAUUUAAUUAGAGCCCAAUAAAAGUAAAUACAGUAUAAAAUGCUUUCAGGUUCUCUCAAUUUGAGAAAAUAGUUAAUUUUGAGAUUGGCUUGAACAAAGCAAUUAUAUCAGAUUCUAAGCUGCAUGAGAAUAUUGGUUCCUUCUCUAGAGAAUUUAUCUCUACUAAAUUUGUUAGUCAAGGGGCAAAUGAUAAGUCACUAGCAAAUCCCAUCCACUUUACCAUUUAGUAAGUUAAAUUUGCCAUUAAAAUUAUUUCUAGAUUCUAUAUGACCACUGAGUAAAAUGUAUUUGAAAGAUAAGCAAAUAAUCUUGUAGGUGCCCUCUCUAACACAGGUGGUCUUGCUGGAAUAUUAUUUGCUGUUGUUCGAAUUCUUAUAGGCCCAAUGUAGGAAUUUCUUUACUACCAGAGUUUAAUAGAAUAGUCUUUUAUGGUUGAAAAUGAUAGAGUACUAAGUGAGAAGAGAGAAAUAUUUGAGUUUGGAAAAAUGAAGAUUGAAAAAUAAUUUGAUAUUGCUGUGAUUCUAAGAGAUUUGAGAACAUUCAAAAUGACUAACAGUUUACUACUAUCUAAGUACCAAAGAAAAUUGAUACCAUUUUUCAAAAAAUAUCAGCUUAACUAAAUGUAUGAAAGAAACAUUCAAAAAUAAGAGAAAGCAAUGAAAUAAGGAGAGCAUAAACUAUUCGUUAACGAAGUAACGUAGUUGAUGAUAGAACUCUUUUCUGAUCAUUAGAAUCCUUCAAACUCAUAUAAUCAAGUUUUUCUGCAUAGCUUAUUCUUGUAAAACAGAGAAAAUGCCUAAAAAGAUUUAAAGACAUUAAUGUAUAAGGCUGUCCUCCGGUAUUUUAUUCAGACGAAUAUAGAUACUCUUAAACUUUGUAAAAUGUCAACGCCUUCCGAGAAAUCUUUAAUAUCCAGUGAAUAGAAAAGUAGCCCUAAAAAAAGAUAAGCAACAUUAGUACCUUCUGCUUCAGAUUUUGAUGAUAUAAGAUUGAAAUUGAUUAUUAAUAAGACAUAAAAUUAGUUAUCUACUGAUGAAAAAUACGAUGCAGAUCAAAAUAUAAAUCCAAUUAAUAGCCUCAGAGAUGUAGAGAAUUAGGUCAACACAGAGGGUAAUAUCUAUCAACGAUAGAAUGAAAGAAGUUAAUCAAUAGAAGAUCUUUGGGAAGAUGCUUAGGUACAAGAUACGCAUUCCUAAGGCAUCAUAUAAUAGAUUAAGAGAUGA